AUGCCAGCCUUUGUAGGCACAAGCCUUUCUCAAGACAAGGAUCUGCAGGAACAAACUUUUCUUCCGACAAACCUAUGCGAAGUAACUCCUCAAGUCGGCCUCUCCAGACCCAGCUGCAGCCUCCCGGCAUCCUCUCCAGGCCCAUCUCUUCAACCCGGCUGCGUCCGUGGGCCCGGCUCCUGCCUCACAGCAGCCUCUUUGGACUCAGCUCCUGCCCAGCUCCUGGCGGCCUCUGUCGGCCCAAAAUUUCCUCAAGCCAAGCUCUCCAAGCCCAGCUCAGCCCUCGACGGUGGCCUCUCCGGGCUCAGCUCCUCGCCCUCCGACGGCGUCUCUGGGCCCCCAGACCCUCCAGUGGGCUCCUCUCGGCCCAGCUUGGGCCUCCCGGCGGCCCCUGCGGGCCCAACUCGUUGUGAAGCCGGCCUCCCCGGGCCCAGGUCCGGCCUCCCGGCGGCCUCUCCGGGCGCAGCACGUCCUCGAGCCCAGCCCGGCUCACGCCUCCCGGCGGCCCUCCCAGGCCCCGCGUUUGACUUUUGGCGGCCUCUUCAGGCCCAGAGCUCGACCUCCGGUGGGCCUCCCCAGGCCCAGCCUCCUGCCUCCCGAGGGCCCGUAGACAGGCCCAGGCUCUGCCUCACAGCGGAGUCUCCACGCCCCGCUCUUGGCCUCCCUGCGGCCCCCCCCAGUCCGACGUGCCUGCCUUCCGGCGACUUCGACAGGCCCAGCUCCUGCCUCCCGACGGCCUCUUUCGGCCCAGCUGGCUACUCACGACGGCCUUCCCGGGCCCGGUUUGUCCCCUUUGGCGGCCUCUCCAGGCCCAGCACCUCCUCAAGUCGGCCUCUCCAGACCCAGCUGCAGCCUCCCGGCGUCCUCUCCAGGCCCAGCUCUUCCUCCCGGCUGCAUCCACGGGCCCGGCUCCUGCCUCACAGCAACCGCUUUGGACUCAGCUCCUGCCCAGCUCCUGGCGGCCUCUGUCGGCCGAAAACUUCCUCAAGCCACGCUCUCCCGGCCCAGCUCAGGCCUCGACGGUGGCCUCUCCCGGCUCAGCUCCUCGCCCUCCGACGGCGUCUCCGGGCCCCCAGACUUCCUCCAGUGGGCUCCUCUCGGCCCAGCUUGGGCCUCCCGGCGGCCCCUGCGGGCCCAACUCGUCGUGAAGCCGGCCUCCCCGGGCCCAGUUCCGGCCUCCCGGCGGCCUCUCCGGGCGCAGCACGUCCUCGAGUGGGCCCCUCCAGGGCCAGCUCCUGCCUCCCGUUGGCCUCUAGAGGCCCAGCCUCUGCCUCCCUCAUGGCGGCCCCUCCGGACCCAGCUCUUCCUGGUCCUCCUGGCUGCGUCGACAGGCCCAACUCCUGCCUCCCAAGCAAAGCAAACAACCUCUCUGGGCUCAGCUCCUGCCCGGCUCCCGCCAGCCUUUGUGGGCCCAGCCCUUUCUCCAGCCGAAGCUCCGCAGGCCCGCCUUCUGCCUCCCGGUGGCCUGCGCAGAUGCAGCCCUGGCUGGAGAACAGCCCCUGCAGGCCCCGCUCCUGCCUCCCAGGGGCCUCUCCGGGCCCGGCUCUCGCCUGGCCUCACGGCGGCUUCCCGGGGCCAGGUUCCUGCCUGCCUCCCGGCAGCCUCGACAGGCCCAGCUCCUCCCUGACGGUGGCCUGUUUCGGCCCGACUCAUGCGUCUGGCAACCCGCCCAGCGGUGUGAGCUCCUGCCUCACACUGGCCUGUGCGGGCCGAGGUCCUCCCUCACGCUGGGCCGUGGAGGCCCGGCUCGUGCCUCUCGUGGCCUCCCCAGGCCCAGCCCCUGCCUGUUGGCGGUCUCUCCCGGCCCAGCCUCGACCUCGCAGUGGGCCCUCCAGGCCCACCUCUUGCCUCGCCGUGGCCUCCUCGGGCCAGGCUCCUGCCCUUUGGCGGCCUCUGCAGGCCCAGCUCCUGCCUCCCAGUGGCCUGUGUAGGCCAAGCUCCUGCCUCCACAGCGGCCUUUCCAGGCCUGGCGUUUGCUCCUUUGCAUCCUCGCCGGGCCCUGAAUGUUCUCCAGUCGGCCUCUCCCAGCCCAGCUCUUCCUCCCGGCGGCCUCUGCAGGCCCAAGUUGUCCUCCAGUGGGCCUCUCCAGGGCCAGCUCCUGCCUCCCGCCGGCCUCUGCGGGCCCAAGUCGUCCUCCAGUCGGCCUCCCCCGGCCCAGCUCUUGCCUCUCGGCGGCCUCUCCAGGUGCACAACUUCCUCCAGUCGGCCUCUCCAGGCCCAGCUCCUCCUGCCUCCCAGUGGCCUCUUUAGGCCCAGCCCGGCUCACGCCUCCCGGCGGCCCUCCCAGGCCCCGCGUUUGACUUUUGGCGGCCUCUUCAGGCCCAGAGCUCGACCUCCGGUCGGCCUCCCCAGUCCCAGCCUCCUGCCUCCCGAGGGCCCGUAGACAGGCCCAGGCUCUGCCUCACAGCGGAGUCUCCACGCCCCGCUCUUGGCCUCCCUGCGGCCCCCCACAGUCCGACGCGCCUGCCUUCCUGCGGCUUCGAUAGGCCCAGCUCCUGCCUCCUGACGGCCUCUUUCGGCCCAGCUGGCUCCUCACGACGGCCUUCCCGGGCCCGGUUUGUCCCCUUUGGCGGCCUCUCCAGGCCCAGCACCUCCUCAAGUCGGCCUCUCCAGACCCAGCUGCAGCCUCCCGGCGUCCUCUCCAGGCCCAGCUCUUCCUCCUGGCUGCGUCCACGGGCCCGGCUCCUGCCUCACAGCAACCGCUUUGGACUCAGCUCCUGCCCAGAUCCUGGCGACCUCUGUCGGCCCAAAACUUCCUCAAGCGACGCUCUCCCCGCCCAGCUCAGGCCUCGACGGUGGCCUCUCCGGGCUCAGCUCCUCGCCCUCCGACGGCAUCUCCGGGCCCCCAGACUUCCUCCAGUGGGCUCCUCUCGGCCCAGCUUGGGCCUCCCGGCGGCCCCUGCGGGCCCAACUCGUCGUGAAGCCGGCCUCGCCGGGCCCAGGUCCGGCCUCCCGGCGGCCUCUCCGGGCGCAGCACGUCCUCGAGUGGGCCCCUCCAGGGCCAGCUCCUGCCUCCCGUCGGCCUCUAGAGGCCCAGCCUCUGCCUCCCUCAUGGCGGCCCCUCCGGGCCCAGCUCUUCCUGGUCCUCCUAGCUGCGUCGACAGGCCCAACUCCUGCCUCCCAAGCAAAGCAAACAACCUCUCUGGGCUCAGCUCCUGCCCGGCUCCCGCCAGCCUUUGUGGGCCCAGCCCUUUCUCCAGCCGAAGCUCUGCAGGCCCGCCUUCUGCCUCCCGGUGGCCUGCGCAGACACAGCCCUGGCUGGAGAACAGCCCCUGCAGGCCCCGCUCCUGCCUCCCAGGGGCCUCUCCGGGCCCGGCUCUCGCCUGGCCUCACAGCGGCUUCCCGGGGCCAGGUUCCUGCCUGCCUCCCGGCAGCCUCGACCUCGCAGUGGGCCCUCCAGGCCCACCUCUUGCCUCGCUGUGGCCUCCUCGGGCCAGGCUCCUGCCCUUCGGCGGCCUCUGCAGGCCCAGCUCCUGCCUCCCAGUGGCCUGUGUAGGCCAAGCUCCUGCCUCCACGGCGGCCUUUCCAGGCCUGGCGUUUGCUCCUUUGCAUCCUCGCCAGGCCCUGAACGUGCUCCAGUCGGCCUCUCCCGGCUCAGCUCUUCCUCUCGGCGGCCUCUGCAGGCCCAAGUUGUCCUCCAGUGGGCCUCUCCAGGGCCAGCUCCUGCCUCCCGCCGGCCUCUGCGGGCCCAAGUCGUCCUCCAGUCGGCCUCCCCCGGCCCAGCUCUUGCCUCUCGGCGGCCUCUCCAGGUGCACAACUUCCUCCAGUCGGCCUCUCCAGGCCCAGCUCCUCCUGCCUCCCAGUGGCCUCCUUAGGCCCAGCCUGGCUCACGCCUCCCGGCGGCCCUCCCAGGCCCCGCGUUUGACUUUUGGCGGCCUCUUCAGGCCCAGAGCUCGACCUCCGGUGGGCCUCCCCAGGCCCAGCCUCCUGCCUCCCGAGGGCCCGUAGACAGGCCCAGGCUCUGCCUCACAGCGGAGUCUCCACGCCCCGCUCUUGGCCUCCCUGCGGCCCACCCCACUCCGACGUGCCUGCCUUCCUGCGGCUUCGACAGGCCCAGCUCCUGCCUCCCGACGGCCUCAUUCGGCCCAGCUGGCUCCUCAUGAUGGCCUUCCCGGGCCCGGUUUGUCCCCUUUGGCAGCCUCUCCAGGCCCAGCACCUCCUCAAGUCGGCCUCUCCAGACCCAGCUGCAGCCUCCCGGCGUCCUCUCCACGCCCAGCUCUUCCUCCCGGCUGCGUCCACGGGCCCAGCUCCUGCCUCACAGCAACCGCUUUGGACUCAGCUCCUGCCCAGCUCCUGGCGGCCUCUGUCGGCCCAAAACUUCCUCAAGCCACGCUCUCCAGGCCCAGCUCAGGCCUCGACGGUGGCCUUUCCGGGCUCAGCUCCUCGCCCUCCGACGGCGUCUCCGGGCCCCCAGACUUCCUCCAGUGGGCUCCUCUCGGCCCAGCUUGGGCCUCCCGGCGGCCCCUGCGGGCCCAACUCGUCGUGAAGCCGGCCUCCCCGGGCCCAGGUCCGGCCUCCCGGCGGCCUCUCCGGGCGCAGCACGUCCUCGAGUGGGCCCCUCCAGGGCCAGCUCCUGCCUCCCGUCGGCCUCUAGAGGCCCAGCCUCUGCCUCCCUCAUGGCGGCCCCUCCGGGCCCAGCUCUUCCUGGUCCUCCUGGCUGCGUCGACAGGCCCAACUCCUGCCUCCCAAGCAAAGCAAGCAACCUCUCUGGGCUCAGCUCCUGCCCGGCUCCCGCCAGCCUUUGUGGGCCCAGCCCUUUCUCCAGCCGAAGCUCCGCAGGCCCGCCUUCUGCCUCCCGGUGGCCUGCGCAGACGCAGCCCUGGCUGGAGAACAGCCCCUGCAGGCCCCGCUCCUGCCUCCCAGGGGCCUCUCCGGGCCCGGCUCUCGCCUGGCCUCACGGCGGCUUCCCGGGGCCAGGUUCCUGCCUGCCUCCCGGCAGCGUCGACAGGCCCAGCUCCUCCCUGACGGUGGCCUGUUUCGGCCCGACUCAUGCCUCUGGCAACCCGCCCAGCGGUGUGAGCUCCUGCCUCACACUGGCCUGUGCGGGCCGAGGUCCUCCCUCACGCUGGGCCGUGGAGGCCCGGCUCGUGCCUGUCGUGGCCUCCAAAGGCCCAGCCCCUGCCUGUUGGCGGCCUCUCCCGGCCCAGCCUCGACCUCGCAGUGAGCCCUCCAGGCCCACCUCUUGCCUCGCCGUGGCCUCCUCGGGCCAGGCUCCUGCCCUUCGGCGGCCUCUGCAGGCCCAGCUCCUGCCUCCCAGUGGCCUGCGUAGGCCAAGCUCUUGCCACCACGGCGGCCUUUCCAGGCCUGGCGUUUGCUCCUUUGCAUCCUCGCCAGGCCCUGAACGUGCUCCAGUCGGCCUCUCCCGGCCCAGCUCUUCCUCCCGGCGGCCUCUGCAGGCCCAGGUUGUCCUCCAGUGGGCCUCUCCAGGGCCAGCUCCUGCCUCCCGCCGGCCUCUGCGGGCCCAAGUCGUCCUCCAGUCGGCCUCCCCCAGCCCAGCUCUUGCCUCUCGGCGGUCUCUCCAGGUGCACAACUUCCUCCAGUCGGCCUCUCCAGGCCCAGCUCCUCCUGCCUCCCAGUGGCCUCUUUAGGCCCAGCCCGGCUCACGCCUCCCGGCGGCCCUCCCAGGCCCUGCGUUUGACUUUUGGUGGCCUCUUCAGGCCCAGAGCUCAACCUCAGGUCGGCCUCCCCAGGUCCAGCCUCCUGCCUCCCGAGGGCCCGUAGACAGGCCCAGGCUCUGCCUCACAGCGGAGUCUCCACGCCCCGCUCUUGGCCUCCCUGCGGCCCCCCCAAGUCCGACGUGCCUGCCUUCCGGCGACUUCGACAGGCCCAGCUCCUGCCUCCUGACGGCCUCUUUUGGCCCAGCUGGCUCCUCACGACAGCCUUCCCGGGCCCGGUUUGUCCCCUUUGGCGGCCUCUCCAGGCCCAGCACCUCCUCAAGUCGGCCUCUCCAGACCCAGCUGCAGCCUCCCGGCGUCCUCUCCAGGCCCAGCUCUUCCUCCCGGCUGCGUCCACGGGCCCGGCUCCUGCCUCACAGCAACCGCUUUGGACUCAGCUCCUGCCCAGCUCCUGGCGGCCUCUGUCGGCCGAAAACUUCUUCAAGCCACGCUCUCCCGGCCCAGCUCAGGCCUCGACGGUGGCCUCUCCGGGCUCAGCUCCUCGCCCUCCGACGGCGUCUCCGGGCCCCCAGACUUCCUCCAGUGGGCUCCUCUCGGCCCAGCUUGGGCCUCCCGGCGGCCCCUGCGGGCCCAACUCGUCGUGAAGCCGGCCUCGCCGGGCCCAGGUCCGGCCUCCCGGCGGCCUCUCCGGGCGCAGCACGUCCUCGAGUGGGCCCCUCCAGGGCCAGCUCCUGCCUCCCGUCGGCCUCUAGAGGCCCAGCCUCUGCCUCCCUCAUGGCGGCCCCUCCAGGCCCAGCUCUUCCUGGUCCUCCUGGCUGCGUCGACAGGCCCAACUCCUGCCUCCCAAGCAAAGCAAACAACCUCUCUGGGCUCAGCUCCUGCCCGGCUCCCGCCAGCCUUUGUGGGCCCAGCCCUUUCUCCAGCCGAAGCUCUGCAGGCCCGCCUUCUGCCUCCCGGUGGCCUGCGCAGAUGCAGCCCUGGCUGGAGAACAGCCCCUGCAGGCCCGGCUCCUGCCUCCCAGGGGCCUCUCCGGGCCCCGCUCUCGCCUGGCCUCACGGCGGCUUCCCGGGGCCAGGUUCCUGCCUGCCUCGCGGCAGCCUCGACCUCGCAGUGGGCCCUCCAGGCCCACCUCUUGCCUCGCCGUGGCCUCCUCGGGCCAGGCUCCUGCCCUUCGGCGGCCUCUGCAGGCCCAGCUCCUGCCUCCCAGUGGCCUGCGUAGGCCAAGCUCCUGUCUCCACGGCGGCCUUUCCAGGCCUGGCGUUUGCUCCUUUGCAUCCUCGCCAGGCCCUGAACGUGCUCCAGUCGGCCUCUCCCGGCCCAGCUCUUCCUCUCGGCGGCCUCUGCAGGCCCAAGUUGUCCUCCAGUGGGCCUCUCCAGGGCCAGCUCCUGCCUCCCGCCGGCCUCUGCGGGCCCAAGUCGUCCUCCAGUCGGCCUCCCCCGGCCCAGCUCUUGCCUCUCGGCGGCCUCUCCAGGUGCACAACUUCCUCCAGUCGGCCUCUCCAGGCCCAGCUCCUCCUGCCUCCCAGUGGCCUCUUUAGGCCCAGCCCGGCUCACGCCUCCCGGCGGCCCUCCCAGGCCCCGCGUUUGACUUUUGGCGGCCUCUUCAGGCCCAGAGCUCGACCUCAGGUCGCCCUCCCCAGGCCCAGUCUCCUGCCUCCCGAGGGCCCGUAGACAGGCCCAGGCUCUGCCUCACAGCGGAGUCUCCACGCCCCGCUCUUGGCCUCCCUGCGGCCCCCCCCAGUCCGACGUGCCUGCCUUCCGGCGACUUCGACAGGCCCAGCUCCUGCCUCCCGACGGCCUCUUUCGGCCCAGCUGGCUCCUCACGACGGCCUUCCCGGUCCCGUUUUGUCCCCUUUGGCGGCCUCUCCAGGCCCAGCACCUCCUCAAGUCGGCCUCUCCAGACCCAGCUGCAGCCUCCCGGCGUCCUCUCCAGGCCCAGCUCUUCCUCCCUGCUGCGUCCACAGGCCCGGCUCCUGCCUCACAGCAACCGCUUUGGACUCAGCUCCUGCCCAGCUCCUGGCGGCCUCUGUCGGCCGAAAACUUCCUGAAGCCACGCUCUCCCGGCCCAGCUCAGGCCUCGACGGUGGCCUCUCCGGGCUCAGCUCCUCGCCCUCCGACGGCGUCUCCGCCCCCCAGACUUCCUCCAGUGGGCUCCUCUCGGCCCAGCUUGGGCCUCCCGGCGGCCCCUGCGGGCCCAACUCGUCGUGAAUCCGGCCUCCCCGGGCCCAGGUCCGGCCUCCCGGCGGCCUCUCCGGGCGCAGCACGUCCUCGAGUGGGCUCCUCCAGGGCCAGCUCCUGCCUCCCGUCGGCCUCUAGAGGCCCAGCCUCUGCCUCCCUCAUGGCGGCCCCUCCGGGCCCAGCUCUUCCUGGUCCUCCUGGCUGCGUCGACAGGCCCAACUCCUGCCUCCCAAGCAAAGCAAACAACCUCUCUGGGCUCAGCUCCUGCCCGGCUCCCGCCAGCCUUUGUGGGCCCAGCCCUUUCUCCAGCCGAAGCUCUGCAGGCCCGCCUUCUGCCUCCCGGUGGCCUAUGCAGACGCAGCCCUAGCUGGAGAACAGCCCCUGCAGGCCCCGCUCCUGCCUCCCAGGGGCCUCUCCGGGCCCCGCUCUCGCCUGGCCUCACGGCGGCUUCCCGGGGCCAGGUUCCUGCCUGCCUCCCGGCAGCCUCGACAGGCCCAGCUCCUCCCUGACGGUGGCCUGUUUCGGCCCGACUCAUGCCUCUCGCAACCCGCCCAGCAGUGUGAGCUCCUGCCUCACACUGGCCUGUGCGGGCCGAGGUCCUCCCUCACGCUGGGCCGUGGAGGCCCGGCUCGUGCCUCUCGUGGCCUCCCCAGGCGCAGCCUCUGCCUGUUGGCGGCCUCUCCCGGCCCAGCCUCGACCUCGCAGUGGGCCCUCCAGGCCCACCUCUUGCCUCGCCGUGGCCUCCUCGGGCCAGGCUUCUGCCCUUCGGCGGCCUCUGCAGGCCCAGCUCCUGCCUCCCAGUGGCCUGCGUAGGCCAAGCUCCUGCCUCCACGGCGGCCUUUCCAGGCCUGGCGUUUGCUCCUUUGCAUCCUCGCCAGGCCCUGAACGUGCUCCAGUCGGCCUCUCCCGGCCCAGCUCUUCCUCCCGGCGGCCUCUGCAGGCCCACGUUGUCCUCCAGUGGGCCUCUCCAGGGCCAGCUCCUGCCUCCCGCCGGCCUCUGCGGGCCCAAGUCGUCCUCCAGUCGGCCUCCCCCGGCCCAGCUCUUGCCUCUCGGCGGCGUCUCCAGGUGCACAACUUCCGCCAGUCGGCCUCUCCAGGCCCAGUUCCUCCUGCCUCCCAGUGGCCUCUUUAGGCCCAGCCCGGCUCAUGCCUCCCGGCGGCCCUCCCAGUCCCCGCGUUUGACUUUUGGCGGCCUCUUCAGGCCCAGAGCUCGACCUCAGGUCGGCCUCCCCCGGCCCAGCCUCCUGCCUCCCGAGGGCCCGUAGGCAGGCCCAGGCUCUGCCUCACAGCGGAGUCUCCACGCCCCGCUCUUGGCCUCCCUGCGGCCCCCCGCAGUCGGACGCGCCUGCCUUCCGGCGGCUUCGACAGGCCCAGCUCAUGCCUCCCGACGGCCUCUUUCGGCCCAGCUGGCUCCUCACGACGGCCUUCCCGGGCCCGGUUUGUCCCCUUUGGCGGCCUCUCCAGGCCCAGCACCUCCUCAAGUUGGCCUCUCCAGACCCAGCUGCAGCCUCCUGGCAUCCUCUCCAGGCCCAGCUCUUCCUCCCGGCUGCGUCUACUGGCCCGUUUCUGCUCUUCGCUCUCCGACGGCAUCUCCGGGCCCCCAGACUUCCUCCAGUGGGCUGCUCACGGCCCAGCUUGGGCCUCAUGGCGGCCCCUGCGGGCCCAACCCGUCGUGAGUUCGGCCUCCGCCGGCCGAGGUCUGGCCUCCCAUCGGCCUCUCCGGGCGGAGCCCGUCCUCGAGUGGGCCCCUCCAGGGCCAGCUCCUGCCUCCUGUCAGCCUCUAGAGGCCUAGUCUCUGCCUCCCUCAUGGCGGUCCCUCUGGGCCCAGCUCUUCCUCGUCCUCCGCGCUGCGUCGACAGGCCCAACUCCUGCCUCUUGUCCUCCAUUCCUCCUGUCGGCUCUCCCAGGACCCGCGGUUGACUUUUGGCGGCCUCUUCAUGCCCAGAAGUCGAUCUCCGGUCGGCCUUUUCAUGUUGAGCCUCCUGCCUCCGAGGUUCACGUAGACUGGCGUAGGCUCUGCCUCCCAGCGCAGUCUCCACGCCCAGCUCUUCGCCUCCAUGUGGCCCCCUUAGUCCGAGACCCCUGCCUUCUGGAGGCUUCGACAUGCCCAGUUAUUGCCUUGGGAUAUGCUCUUUAGGCCCACUUCACUUCUCAGCUCAGCCUUUCUAUGCUGAGUUUUUUUCUUUUCUCUGCCUGUGUAUGCUGAGAACUUUCUGAAGUUUGCUUCUCCAAAUCCAACUGCAGCAUUGUGGCGUGCUCGUCUGGCCCAUCUCCUGUUCUCACGUGCAUCUACUUGUUCAUGUUUUCCUCACAACUACCUCUUUUAGACUCUGUUCCUAUCCGGCUCCUGGUGUCCUUUGUAUAUCAGAAGCUUUCUGAAUUCCAGCCCUCCAAUUUCACUGCCUUCCUGGUUUCAGGCUGAACAGGCCGAGAUUUUGCGUGACAAUGGCUUCUUAAGGCUGCCUCAACCAACCCAGCUCCUGCCUGACACUGGCCUCUCUAGGCCCAUCUGCUGCCUCUCGCUGUCCUCACCUGGCCCAUCUGUUUCCUCAUGUCUGCCUCCCGAGUCCCAGCUCCUGUCUCACUGUGAUCUCAUUCAUACCAGCUCCUGUCUCAUGAUGGCCUCUUCUGGCCCAUCUUUGACCUGAUAGUGAUGACUCAAAUCCAUCUUCUUCCUCAUCCCAGCCUCUUCUGGUUUUGCUCAUUCUUCGCAUUCACCUCUUCCAGAUCCAGAUUUUUAGUCUUUGAUGGUCAACAGCAUCAAGGAGCCUAAAACUUCCCCAGACUGUUUUUUGUUGGUAACUUCACAGCAGAGUGCCUUAGGAAGACACCUGUCUCUUCUUUUAACCUUGACAGUGGAUUUCUAACAAAUUUGUAAUAAAUUUUGCCUGCAUGGUUU